ACUGCUUCUCUUUCACGCCCUUCUUAGCUCCAGGCCACAGACAGCAUCCACGUAGGCAGCCGUGGACCCGGCUAGGGCUCCCGAGGAAAGACGUUUCUCCCAGUCAUCCCAGUGCCCUCGAGAUCCGAGACAGCCCGGAGGAAGAUGCAGCCGGCCGACGGAACGCGGCAGCCACCCAAGCGCUGAGGCCCCGCCUGUCCCACCUGUCCCGCCGCCCAGACUCCCUCCGCCAUGGCCUGUAACGGCACGUCCUUGGAGACCCACGGGUACUCGCUGCUGAACGCGAGCCUCGGGGUGGACCCCGGGGCGCCCACGCCGCCCGCCCCGCUCAGGAUGUCCCUGGCCGUCAUCAUGGCUCUGAUGGUCGUGGUGGGCUUCCUGGGCAACGCGGUGGUCUGCGUCAUCGUGUACCAGCGGCCGGCCAUGCGCUCCGCCAUCAACCUGCUGCUGGCCACGCUGGCCUUCUCCGACAUCAUGCUGUCCGUGUGCUGCAUGCCCUUUACCGCCGUCACCCUCAUCACCGUCCGCUGGCGCUUCGGGGAUCACUUCUGCCGGCUCUCGGCCGCUCUCUACUGGUUCUUCGUCCUGGAGGGCGUGGCCGUCCUGCUGAUCAUCAGCGUGGACCGCUUCCUCAUCAUCGUCCAGCGCCAGGACCGGCUGAACCCGCGCCGGGCCAAGGUGAUCAUCGCCGCGUCCUGGGCGCUGUCAUUCUGCGUGGCGGCGCCGUCGCUGGCCGGCCGGGCGCUGGUGGAGGUGCCGGCGCGCGCCCCGCAGUGCGUGCUGGGCUACACCGAGCUGCCGGCCGGCCGCGCCUACGUGCUGACGCUGCUGGCCGCCGCCUUCUUCGCGCCCUUCGGCGUCAUGCUGGGCUCCUACCUGUGCAUCCUGCACACGGUGCGCAAGAGCGCCGUGCGCGUGCACAACCAGUCCGACAGCCUGGACCUGCGGCGCCUGCCCCGCGCCGCCCUGCGGCGCCUGCAGCGCCAGCAGCAGGUCAGCCUGGACCUGAGCUUCAAAACCAAGGCCUUCACCACCAUCCUCACCCUCUUCGUGGGCUUCUCGCUGUGCUGGCUGCCGCACUCGGUCUACAGCCUGCUGUCCGUGUUCAGCCGCGGCUUCUACUGCGGCCCCUCGUUCUACGCCACCAGCUCCUGCGUCCUGUGGCUCAGCUACCUCAAGUCCGUCUUCAACCCCAUCGUCUACUGCUGGAGGAUCAAAAAGUUCCGCGAGGCCUGCCUGGAGCUGCUGCCACAGACCUUCCAGAUCCUCCCCAAAGUGCCUGAGCGGAUCCGGAGGAAAAUCCAGCCGAGCACGGUGUACGUGUGCGCCGAAAACCAGUCUGCGGUGUAGGGCGCGGGCGGGAGGGGCGGGGAGG